AAAGGAGCACAAAAGCCAGAUUCUUCAGACCAAGAGGAAGUGUUGAACAACUGCAACGAUCUAGAGAAAGAUUGCAAGUGGGGGUCCAACACCAAGAAGCCAGACCGGGAAAGAUCCCGCUCGUCUCGGGUUUUCGUCCCUCUGUGCGUGGUGCUGGUGCUCCUCAUCUUCGUCCUGCUGGUGGCCUUGACUGUUGUCCAUUCAGGAUCCCGUUUGCCUCAGCCCGACUUCUCCCACGUGUGCCCAGACGCCUGGCUUGGUUUCCAAGGGAAAUGCUAUUAUUUGUCUGAGGCUGAGAGCAAUUGGACCACCAGUCAGGAAAGCUGCGAGGCCCUGGGAGCUUCACUGGCCCUCAUCAACACGAUGGAUGAGCUGACCUUCAUUAAACGCUAUAAAGGCGAAGCUAACCAUUGGUUUGGGCUGCGAAAGGAGAAGGAUGACAGCUGGUGGUGGACCAACGGCACAGCCUUCAACAACUGGUUUGAGGUGCGGGGUGGUGGGCCCUGUGCAUACCUGAAACGGGAGAGGAUCAGCUCGUCCCUGUGCCACACCAAGGAGAACUGGCUGUGCAGCAGACCCGACAAUUACAUCCUCUGGAAGCAAAAAGCAUAUCCGUAAUAAAAGAUGCCAUAAACAGGAGCUUCAUCUCCAUUCGCUUGCCAGCAGAUGGUGAACCGAACACAGUUUCUUUUGGUAAAUCCCAAUAUCUGACUCUAUCACCAACAUUUAUGAG